AUGGGCAUCAGCCCUGACCGCCUGCACUUGCAUCUGGUCGCAAUGCCAUUGAAGGGAUUCAUCGGAGACGUGAUCCAACCGGUCGGUGCAAUUACCCUGUCUGUUCUGGCUGAGAAAGCACCCAGACAACUUAAAGGCUAUAAUGUCAACUUCCAAGUGGUAAACGCUUUGUCAUCAUACAACACGAUAUUGGGACGACCAACCUUGAACAACUUAAAGGUGAUAAUGUCAACUUAUCACCUGAAAAUGAAGUUCCCCACCAGUGUAGGGGUCGGUGAAAUUAAGGGCGAACAAGUGCUCACCCGAGAUUGCUACGCACAAGAGCUGAAGACUGACGAGAAUGACGUGAGGACACUCAAGGAGCUUACCUUUGUCCCUAAACCACCACUACCUUCCAGAUUGGCUGAGCAGGAUGAGGAGACCUGGGACGAGUAG